AUGCUCUUCCUGACCAUUACUUACACCCUCUACGGCUGCGUCCCUCAGGUGAGCAUGCUGGUGGCUCUGAUGGAGUCCCUAACCGCCGCCGUGGCCGCUGGGGGAGCCACAACACCGGUCCUGAUCCACAGCGCGACCUACCAGGGCGGGAUAGCCUCCCUCAGCACCGGGGCCUUCUCCCUCGACGACUCCCUGGCCGCCAAUGCCCGCUUCGCCGUCUACUACUACGACCUCAACCACGUCGGCAACACCAUUCACCUGACCGCGCCUUCGGGAGCCACCUUCGCCUCCGUCAACAUGCAGGAGGAGGACGGAGAUGUCAACAUGAUCUCCGUAAAUCUCCACAAUGCCGAGCGAGGUGUUUGGAGGUAUAAGGUGGAGAACCGCGCAGACUCCCACCAGGCUCUGCAUAUCCAAGUGACGUCACUGCCCAGCUCUACCAAUGAUGUGUCUGUGAGAGUUUGGACCAAUCAGGACAGUGAUGAUGUCAUCUCUGCUAAAGAAACUCUGCCAAUCAUUAUCUACGGAGAAGUUAAGAUGGGUGGAGCGGCAGUGAUGGACGCGGCGGUGAUGGCAACGCUGCAGCGGCUGGGCACCAACGCCACGGGGGGCACGUACCCACCAGUCAAGGUGCCCCUCCUCGACCUUGGCACCGGAGACCCGGACAUCACGCGCGGUGACGGGGUCUACACGCGCUACGCUCCCCCUCUGGACGGACCUGCCCGCUACGCCCUGCUGCUCUCCGUGGACGCUGGCAAGGCCGUGCUGGCGCUGGCACAGACCCACGUCAGGGACCACGACUUGAGGCACCACAGACACGCCUACACCAAAGAGCUAGCCUUCGGGAGCUUCGAGGACGACAGAGCGUGGGCCUCUCCCUCCUGCUGCGGCACCGUCGUGCCUUACGCCCACACCAGGGAAUCACCACCUUUCACCAGGCAGGUGACGGGACCCACACUGGAUAUUCGUGAGGGCCACGUCCUUAGCAGAGAGAAGAUUCCUCCAGCCAAGAUCAUGGACCUGGUGGCCUGGGUGAACCACUCGAGCGGCCGGGUGGUGCUGGACUGGACAUCGGUGGGCGAGGACAGAGACUGGGGCCGUGCUCACGUCUACGAAGGCUACGUCGCCCCUACCAAGAUCGAGGCGGCUCUCAAGUGCACGGGUGAGAGGAUCAGAGGACUCCCGGCCCCGGCACCUGCUACCAACAAAGAGAGGGCUGCCGUCGCCCUCACUGUCCACGAGAAGAAAGUGCUGUGGGUGUGUCUUCGGGCGGUGGACCGUCACGGGAACAGAGGUCCUCCCAGCAACCCUGCCGCUCUGUGGCUUCCCCGACCUCCAGCCACAGACCAAGUCACCAUCAGAGCAAGAGGUCCGGGAGGAUCGGGUUUGUCUUCAGGUCUGGGCGGAUACGGUUCGGAUGCGGGUAUUGUGGGUAGCGAGAAAGCAGCAGUGAUCAGCGGCUGUGUGGGUGGCCUCCUGCUGGUGGUGGUCCUCGUCGCCACCUACUGUUACUGCCUUCCGUCUACACUAAAGCGGCGACUCAACAGGCGACGCCAGCCCCCCGAGGACUCAGAGAAGGCAGCAACAAGCCUCGUCAACGGGGGUAGCGUCGUCGUGAGAUCCUCAUCCAGGGGCAGCGUCCUCGCCAACCAGGACCCGGAGACCUCGCACCAGGACACUACUGACCUGGCAGAUACACCUCCGGAGGAGAGAAGAGCCAUUAGUAAGUCUCCCGAGCCACAGCCUCCUCCCUGUGAGGUGAUGCGAGUUGAGCAGGUCUCUCCUCCCGCUGCCAGGCGGGACGGAGACGGGGAGGAACUCGUGGGACGUCGGGGACUCUCAAUGUCCAUCCCAGACGUGACCAAAGUAGAACGCAGCUCCCGGGAGGCUGAGGAGCGCCCCAGUGUGCCCAGCGUGCCUACCCCACAGUUCUACACGCUGGGACGCCACACUCGCACCACCAAUCGCAGCCCUCUCCGUGGCCCUAACGGUCACAUCUACGGCUCCACCGACCUAAGUUACCAGCAGCAGCAGCAACAGCAGCAGCAGCUUCCCGUCAGGUACAGCUCUGUGGGCGCCCCGCAGUACUACAGCGUCGUCCGUCCACACCACGUGCCCGUGUCGCAGGAACCUUACAGCGACGACGACGCACAGUACUCGGACCAGCUGCUGUGCGACGACCGUGGGGCCUCGCCGCCACCGCCCGCGCCCGCAGAUCACGCCCACGCCUACAGCGACCUGCACAGGCAUUCAGCUGCCCUCUUGUAGGAUGCCGGCUGGAACACAUCCCACUAACAAAGGAUAUCAUGUUUUCAAAAUGCUCAGUAGGGGAGGACAUGCGAAGUGUUGUCUGGAAAGCAAUGGCAUGAUUCGUACGACAAUCAUAGAAAAUAUCACUUCAUUUGACAUAUCAGUUUAAACAAAAUCCUUCAUAUCAAGAAACAAAAGAAAUAAAAAACUUACUUUUCUUACUUAGUAGCUAUGAUGAUACUCUGAAUUAAAUUGUAUUAGCAAAAAUUAUGUGAAAUAUUUAACUACUUAUUUUUUAACUUUCUUUUUUAACAUUAUUAGAAGUUACCUUAUAUUACAUGAGGCCCAUGACGGGACUUUCCAAGCCGCUUUGACUGACUGUAACAAUUAUCAGGUAAUCCAAAGUCCGUGCGGGUAUAUCAGUUGAUUCGAUUUGCUUCUCGAUUGUCAGUUCAUUGUGGUCUGUAGGCAUCUACGACUCUCGGCAAAUCAUAUUAGCUACUCCUGGUUUGUGCUCGACUGUCAGCUGAUAAAGGUCUGCUUGACUGUCAGCUGAUCAAGGUCUACGCUCGACUGUCAGCUGAUCAAGGUCUGCUCGACUUGUCAGCUGAUCAAGGUCUGUGCUCGACUGUAAGCUGAUCAAGGUCUGUGCUCGACUAUCAGCUGAUCAAGGUCUGUGCUCGAAAGUCAGCGUAUCAUUGCAUGAGUUGACUACCGGCUGAUUAUAAAAUGUGGUAGACUAUCAGCUGAUCUAGGUCUGUGCUCGAAUGUCAGGUGAUCGUGGCUUGAGUUAUCAGGUGAUCAUGGUCUCUCUGGACUGCAGUUUUUUCUGGCAUGAGCUCGACUUUCAGCUGAUUCCCUUUACGAACUAAGUUGCCGGCCAAUCAGAUAAUCUUGGACGUAUCCAGCCUUGUGAUAAACUUAUUUAUCUACCUCCCCCCUUUCUCUCUACGAUGUAUAAAUAUUUAUUUUUUAAACCCCAUACCGUCAGUUAUCAACCAUGGCUUUCGGGUUUCAGGUUACAAAUGUAACUCAAAUUGGUUUAAAUUUGUGGAAAAUCUGAAGUAUUUCAUUAAAAAUUAAGGGGACUUAAAAGACAUAGUGUAUCUCAAAGUGUUAGUGAGCGAGAGUGUCUGUGUAAGUGUGUGUGUGUGUGUGUGUGUGUGUGUGUG